AUGGCUGGAAAUGAAAGAACUCAUCUUCCUCUUUACACUGGAUCAAUUUUCACCAUAGUUUAUUACUUUCAGGCUCCUUCUUCCCAUUGUCGUCGCUGCAGUGUGUCUGAACCCGUCGGGCACUGCGUUUCUGCCCAGCAGGAGGCUCGAACAGCUGGUCUUCAGGUGGCCUUUCCGAAGUUCUGGGCCUGCUACGUGGACGACACUUUCCUCUUCAUCAAAAGGAGCAAAGCGCAGGAGUUCAAGGCACUGCUGAUAUCCAUCUUUCCUGAAGUCCAGUUCACUAUGGAAAAAGAGGUUAACAAUCAGUUACCCUUCCUCGAUGUACAGGUGACGAAGCUGGAAGGUGGCAAGAUAAGGACGACAGUUUCUCGUACGGCAACCAACACCCUGCGCAUCCUCCACUUCAGAAGCAGCCACCCUCGGUCGAAAGGAGAAGGCCCCAAGUUUUGGCUCGCAAUCCCUUAUGCGAAGAACGUGUCUGAGGUGACUGCAAGAAUCCUGAGGCCAUUCGGGCUCGGUGCGGCUGACAAGCUGGAAUCAAAGAUUAGACAGCAGAGCAUGAAGCCCAAAGACCAGUUACCAUCGACAGAACAGUCAGCCGUUGUCUACAGCAUACCAUGUCAAGAUUGCGAUACAAGGUAUGUUAGUGAAACGGGCAAACGCCUUAACACAAGGUUGCAUGAGCAUCAGCUCGCAAACAACCGCAAGGAUAUGCUGUUUAUGGUCUAUGAACACGUACAGCAGAAGAACCACCUUUUCGCCUUCGACAAAGCAAAGGUAAUAGGUAGAGCCAAUGACAAGAUGGCUAGACUCCUGCUGGAAAGUUGGUUUUCGACUGGCACACCUAACAGAACAAUAGUCCCACACAACGUGCCACCUCUUCGACUGCCCGGCCAACCCUACAGACCUCACGCCUGA